UCGUGGAGAACCCGGACGAGGCGCUAGCAACCGACAACAAGAAGGGGUACGCCAUGAGACAGGCGUCCGCCAUCUUGACCUUCGUGUCGCUAGAGAUUGCUGAUGGACUUCACCCCAUCAAGCACAGCGAGGUUGCGGCGCUUCCGGUCGGCGUGACCGGUAAAGUGGUUCGGGCGUGGGUGCGUGAUUUUGUCAACGGCAAGAGGUUCAAGGUUCGCGUGCGGGACUACGCUGCUCGCAACCUGCUCUCGGUAAUCAACGACGAGGACUUUCGCGAAGAGUCGCGCGAGUGGCUGGACGCCAAGAUAUACGGCCGCAAGGAGGGGGAGCCGCAGCUACGUGUUCGGGACUUGCAGAAGCAUCUCAACGACACCGCGCUCAAGCCUUACAUGGAAGAGGGUGCGCGGGGAAUCUCCUUCGACACGGUGCACAGAUGGCUGCAGGACUUGGGCUUCCGUUGGCGGCGACACCGAAAGUGUGUCUACGCAGACGGUCACAACCGCCCCGACAACAUCAGGAGGAGGAUGGGUUACGUGACGGAGAUGCAGGAGCACCAGAAGCGUACAGUCAAGCUCGCAAAGAUCGGUGAGGGCCCGGAAGCCGAGGAGGUUGCUCUUUGGCCUGCGGUGUUCGAGAGUGCGGGGGGCGAUCCUCUGGGGGAAGGGAGCACAUGGAUGCACGUUCAGCUCGAAGGCGAGUGCGGCUGGGAGAAGCAGCAUAACCUCAGGACGAGCGGAAAGCUCGAAGAGCUUCCGGUCGACGAGAGACUCGAGCUGUGGUGCACGGAGCGGCAGCGUGUUCCAGCCCAACCGCUGCCGCCCGGGUUUCGCUUGCUGGAACCGAGGGAGGUGAUGGAGGUGGUGUACCACGACGAGUGCGCCUACAAGCAGAACGACAGCGGCGGGGCAGCGUGGGAGAACGAUGAAAAGGGCGCAGCGAUGAGCCCGAAAAACGAGGGCGCCGCUGUCAUGGUGUCGGACUUGAUCGGCGAGGAACGCGGGCAGCUGGACAUCCCCGCUGAGGUGUACGCGAUCAUGCAGGAACACGGGACAAUGCCGAAGAUGGAGAUUACGGAUGAAGGAGCUACGCUCUCCCGCAGCGACACCUACGUCGGGCGUUGCAAGCCGUGCGAAGAGUACCCCGACGGCAUGAAGACGAAGAAGGUGUCUGAUGCUGUUCACUCGCUCGAGCGCGUUCUUUCGGAGCUGAACAUCGACUGCAAGGAAUCUGGGCCCGAGUACAACCUUGCGCGCUCGGCCAGGAUCAUCCUCCGGGUCGGCAAGAACCUCGACGGAUACUGGGAUAGCAACCGCUUGUGCGUGCAGCUUGAGGCCAUAUUCGCGGCGUUCGAGAUCUCGAGGGAACCAGGCCGACAGAUGCUCGCAGUCUUUGACAACUCCACCGGGCACAACGCAUACAGCCCCGACGCCUUGAGGGCGCAGAACAUCCGAGCCUCACCAGGGGGCGAGCAGAUCCCCCCCCGCAACUUCGAGUACAACGGCAGAACGAUCUACACGACGUUUCGGGAGGGCGACGUGCUGUGCUUCAGAUCCAGCCCCUUCGCUCGAAAGACGGAGGCGGAGGCCGUGGCCAAGAAACGACACGGGAAAAGGUUGGGAGUGUUCCCGAUAGGAACGGUUGUCAAACGGGGGACCAGCUCGGAGAAGCUGAUUGGUGUCGCCAAGGGGAUGAAGGAGAUUCUGGAGGACAUGGGGCUGUACAAGCUAGCCAGCGAAACGAAAGCGCCACCGCUGCUGUGCCAAAGGUGCAAAGACGAGGCUAAGGCCAAGCGGGACAAGUCAACGAUGUACAACAAGGGGGGGGAGAGCCGGCAGCAGGCGCUCGAAGGCGAAGGAGACUCCGAUGAUUCGGACGAAGACAGCGAGGAAGGUGGUGCUCGCGAUGCAGCCAGAACAUCGAGAAGAUGCUGCUGCCAGCGAAUCAUCAGCGAGGUCAAGACCUUCAAGGAGCAGAUGAAUCGGGUCGAGGAGCUGCUCGAAGCUGCUGGGCACGCAUGCAUUUUCCUCGCCAAGCGAGUGAAUUUUUUUGGGGCGGAGAUGUGUCUAUGGGUAGAAUAUCUAGAUAUCUGCAAUACGCCCAUGUGGUUCGAUUCUAAUCGUAUAAUGCUGCUCAGACUCUUGCGCUAA